AUCACACUUAUCUACCAAGUAGAGACUGGUCCAUAUCCAAGGUCUUCAAUAUGCCUGAGGCUCCUAACAACAACCCCUUUACAAGGGCGAGUCGAGGCUCAUCGUUCGCUCCUUCAACAACCCAUCCUCUCAGAGCACCGCUAUUGACCGACUACGCUGACCUCAAUACGGGCCACCAGGGCCAUACUCCCUCUUAUUCGACGACACCUACAAUCUUCUUCAAUACCACAGCUCCAAAUAGCAACCAUGGGGAUGUCCAAGUCCACACCGACCAUCAGAUCUUCUGGCCCAGCGAUGGACCAGCAAUGUACUUGGCGCCGCCGAUGCCAGCAACAAUUCCAGGUAGUAUGCAGAGCAACACUCAUGACCACCCCCAUCCCUAUACAGAUAUGUAUCAGUUUCCCACCAGCAUAGCACCGGAAGCAUAUUUCGGGUCUUUUGAAAACGUGGAUCAUGCGAUCGUGGGGGUGGGAUCGCUAGAUCCGGGCUUCGGAUCGAUACCGCAAAUGCAGGGGAACAUUUCUGAGCCAAGAGCUGACAAACCGCUAGACAAACUGGUCGACAAUGUACGUGGCCGGGUUGCACAUAUACCCAGCCUUUCCGACGGUCAGGAGACCUGGCGAGACAUGUGCGAACCAUUCAUGAAAACCCUCAAGCCUACCAGUGUCCACAGUGUGGGCAGCGGUUCAACCGCAACGAUAACAUGA